CGACAUAGGAUGGCGUGAGGACCGAGGCCGGUGGUUGGUUUGAUCUGAGCCACGUGUGCGUCCAGCCACAUCUCUUCGCCGCUUCACGCAUGUCGAUGGAACGUUGGCUUAUCCUGCCGCUCGGUCCCUUCUGUCUUAACCCAGGUCCUCUGACAUUGAGGUGAUGUCCUUGACGAGGAAUGAGUCCUGCUUCAGUCCAUCGCUCUCUCGUGGGUUUACAGCUCAAUAACUAGCACCAUCAGCUCCAGGGUGUGAACCCGUUAAAGCCACUGACUCUGAAGCAAAGAGGUGCUUGAAUACAGAAAACUCCCCCAGAAUAUUAAGGAAAAUAUCAAAUCUAGUGGCAAUGUCAUCACUCUGUUGCGUGAUGUGGUUAAACCAGGAGUUUAGGCUGAGGAACGUGCUUUACCACCACAACACAGGGCAGCCAUGAAUUCUGCACCGUCACCUUCCUUAUCCUCCGCCAUGAAUGUAACUGUUAGCUGAUAGUAUGUGAUCAACAGCACUGCAGCAUUUUGCCUCCUGCUGCUUCACCACCCCAAUAAAGCCCAGCUGGACUAUUCAGUCUGUUUUGUACAAAUGGCAGAAGAGGAUUUCCAGCUCAGACCAGUCAACAGCAACGACUGCACAGAGGAGGACAAGCUCCAAUCAGCUGAUUUCCCAAUACCAUCGCUAGCAUCCCUCCACCUCAGGGACAAGACUGUGGUCAUCAAGGAGAGCAACGUCCAUAUGGGAGAUAAUCCUCAGCGCCCAUCUGUAUUUCCUGUGAUGAUGUCAUCACCCCUUAACCAAUCCCAGCAGCCAACAGACAUGUCCAUGGCUGCUAGGCCUGAGCAUUCACCAGCAGAUCAAGAGUUUUCGGAGCCAGAGUUGGGUCAAAAUGACAGCGAGGCUCAGUCCCGUGCCCUGACAGCCUCUCUGCAGGAUCUUUCUUCGCUCGUUGAUCAUGAGGAUGUGUAUCCUGCCCUGAAAAACAACUUAGCCAAGGAAGGAGAACUUCAACCCAAGAACAACAUAACCAAAGCGAUGGCAGCGUGCAACUGCAGUGUCGAUGACAACCAGCUGUCCCAUGCAGACUGGUACUGGGGCAACAUCUCAAGAGAGGAAGUAAAUGAGAUGAUGAGAAACACGCCCGAGGGCACAUUCCUGGUACGAGAUGCUUCCAGUCGGGUGAAGGGGGAAUAUACUCUCACACUAAGAAAAGACGGUUCCAACAGACUGAUAAAGAUUUUCCAUCAUGGGGGCAAAUAUGGCUUCUCUGAACCACUGGCCUUUUCCUCUGUGGUGCACCUGAUCCAGUAUUACCAGAACAAAUCACUAGCACAGUACAAUUCCAAACUGGACAUACGGCUACUCUACCCCAUAUCCAGAUACCAACAGCAGCAGGAUGUGAUGGAAGUUGACAUUGAUGCAGUUGGGGAACAGCUGAGGAUAUUUCAGGAUCGAUACAAAGAAAAAAGCAAAGAGUAUGACCAUCUGUUUGAGGAGUUCAACAAAACCUCCCAGGACCUGCAGAGCAAGCGGACAGCCAUCGAGGCUUUCAGUGAAAUCAUUCGGAUCUUCGAGGAGGAGUGUGAAACUCAAGAACGCUACAGCAAGGAAUACAUCAACAUGUUCCUCACUUUACACAGCAGCACAGAAACGGACAAGUAUGCCUCUAAAUAUCAUCAUGCUCUUCACUCACUUUCAAUAUAUUCCAAAUUACUUACUUUUACUGAAUUUGAAGCAGAUAUUAAAUUAACUAGAAAAAGUCUCAUCAUUGUACCUUGGUGGAAAAUCAGAGAUCAAUAUCUCCUAUGGCUCACCCAGCACGGCACCAGGCAGAGCCAGAUCAACGACUGGUUGGGUAUCAGGACUGAAGAAGAAGACCUGUACACCCUGGCAGACGAUGCACAUCAGGAGGAAAGGAGCUGGUAUGUCGGUGGUAUGAGACGAAAGGAGGCAGAGGAGCUGCUGAAGGGGAGGAGGGAUGGGACCUUCCUCAUCAGAGACAGCCAGACACAGAGAGGCUCCUUUGCAUGCUCGGUUGUUGCGGACGGAGAGGUGAAGCACUGUGUGAUCUACAGGACGUCUACAGGCUUUGGCUUCGCUGAGCCCUACAACCUGUACUCAUCUCUGAGAGAGCUGGUCCUCCACUACCGACACACGUCCCUGAUCCAACACAACCAGCAGCUGAAUGUAACCCUGGCCUGGCCCGCUCUCAGCCAGCAGCCCAGCUGAGACACACCAGCACGCCACUCGGAUGGCGGUUUCCCAAAGCUUCACUGUUCUAGAUGCACCAGGAUUGACAUUGUAGCCACCAGGCUCUAAGACUUCUUUACCGGUUAGUGUUGUCCCCAAAUCAGAAUUUUCACAGUGUCAGUGCUCAGAUUUGGAUACUUAAUAAUUCUGUAUGAUAUUACAAAACUCAUCACUGAACAACACGCACUGUAUUCCUCAAGUUAAAAAUCCCAUUUGCAAACACAACUGGGAUUAAAUACUAAGCGUUUACAGAAUAUAACCGUUAAUUUAAUCUUUUCCCGCAGUAUCCAGUAGUACUGAAAUGUUGUAGUACAGAGUCAGCAAGUUUCCCAAACCUGUAUAUUUUUAUCAAUGUAGAGAUUGAUGAAGAGAUCCAAAUUUUAAAAUAAUUAUUACAAAACUGAUUCCAAACUAAUAAGCACAAUCUGAGAUAUGAUUUGGUUUGCUCGUUUUUAAUAUCUACAGUAUAUUACUUUUGUGAAGAGAUAUUAAUGAAAGUUAUCUAUUAAUACAAAGACAAAAUAUCUCAGCACAACAAGAUAUUCCUGAAAGGCAAGCACAAGAAGUCGGAAAUAUUUAUUAACAUUAUGUUUGAUGCAGACGUCUUUAGAUUUGGCUCCUCUUGCCUUAAACUGCACCUCAAACGUUUCUAUGUUGUCUAACAAUGCACAAGUAGUAAUGUGUAGUAAUAGCCCAUGUGCACUGUAAGUAAUUCAGAAACGGAGGCGACAUACAGAACUCUCACAUCUAAAACAAGACAACCAGUCUAACCACAGGCACAGAGGCCACAACUGCAGACUUGUGAGAAUCCACUGUAACAUUAAUUCCACUUAUUGAUUGCUGGUUGAUAGCUUUAACUUUAGAAAUAUAAAAGUUAUAUUCUUGCUGGCUGUGACACAUUUUUUCCCAUUUUGACAUUGUGGUUUCCACAGAAGCUUAGGCAAUCAAUGGCAAUCAAACCCACGCCAUUUCUUAAUUGUGUACAUGUUCCAGGACAUACUAAAGAAAAAAAUAGAUAGGAAUUCAUUCAUAUAUUUUGGGUUUUAAGAAAAAUGUGACAAUCAAUUGCAUACUUUGUGUUGUUUUAAGCUCACUCAUUAACACUCAAAAGUAUUUUGAUAUAUGGGGGGUGCUUAGUGUGAAGCAGCAGACGUGAAGCACAGGCAAACAAGUGAGCUGUGUAUAGGUUUUUUACAGAGUCAGUGGUUUGACAGCUUUGAUAACUGGUCUGGAGCCUGAUGUGAAGUGAUAAUAUACUGUACAAGACUUAUACAUUUCCAGUUCUGUAGGGAAUUAUCGAAAAGUGCCUUUCAGUGCUUCUAUUUCAGCCAUCAUCACUGUCGACAAGUUUGAGCCAAACACUGAGUCUACGAUACAAAGUUAUAAUACUGCAGUGUCAUUAAGUAGUGUCAUAUUAGAGGAGGUAUAUAUUUAUAUAAAAUUAUAUAGGUCAAAUAGAUUUUAUUCCCCUGUGGGCCGCCACACUGAAUUUACAUCACUUUGUAUAAACAAGAUACUGUGAGACGAGUUAAUGAGUGGAAAUAACAAAUACAUUAAAACAUUUGGAAAUAUCUCAGGAAAAGGUCUAAUGCUUAAAAGACAUUUAACAGUAGAAUUAAAUCAAAAGAUAAAUGUAGAUACAGAUUCAGCAAAUAAUUGUCAUACAGAAAACUGUGUGGCACUUGACUCGGCUAUAGACUAAUAAACAAGAUGUUCAAAUUUACUCAUGGAACAUUUUUUAUAUAAAUCAUACAAAAUACAAAAGCUAAUUUCUGGUAGAUUUGAUCUUGAAUAAUUGUCCGAAUUUAACCUUCACCUUAUGUGCACAGGUGCAAACUGGAAGACUCGGAGAAUAAAAUGUAUACCAGAAUAAUGCAGCCAUGUUAGCUACUAGUGAACAAGGUAUGCUUCCAGCUAUGGUGGACCAAAUAGCGUAUAUUACUAUAAAAUGUGAGAAAAGUAUGAUAUUGAAAUUCACUCGUUUGAUAAAUGUUGGUACAUAGAAGCAGAACAUACCUUUUCUUUACUUCAUUAGUGUGAGGUAUGUUCAAAUUGGUCAUGUAGAAAAGUAUGUCUAGUAUAAUAAAUAUCACUUUAAAGCUAAAUCGUUUACCUUUUCAAGACUAUCCAGAUCCCUCCAGCCCGGGUUAGGAGACCGGGACUUGAUUGUGCACUUUCUGAGUGGAGAUGAAGUGGUGCUUGUGGGUUACAAUUAAUCAUUAAAACUAUUUUUAUAGGGGGAAAAUAGUAUAGUCUAUAAUAGAGUAGUCGUUUAAUUGAGCAUUGUCACUUUCGUUGCCCAUUAUAGUCAUGAAAAUUGAUUUUACAUUCUGACAUUGGUUUGAUCAGAAUAUUUUCAUUUAUCUGUUUCAUGUUUUUGUCCUGUCAAAUGAGUCACUUUAGAUGCACUUAUAUCUUUAGUGGUCCUCAGUCUAAUAUGUGCUUGAUGCGUGUUGUGUACGUACACUUGAAGUUAUCAAUUAUUUCUGACUGUUUAUUGCCAUGGAGUUGGAAAAAUGUGUCCUAUUCUUAACUUUGUGGCAGUAGAAAAUGUGUAAAUGUUUGAUUCUGCACGCUAUCAUUGUGUACAAGAUAGGUACCUAGAUAUUAUAUCUUUAACUAAUUAUAAAUAGGGUUCUGCUUUGGUACUAGUUGGAUACUGGUUCUGGUACCAAGAUUAUCACCAGCUAUAAAAGACCUCUCUUUGAUGGGUUGGCCAUGUUCUAGGAAAGUUUUUCUUAGUCUCCAUGAUUGCUGUAAGGCGAUCUUUGCUCUAGUUUCCUUUAAAUGCAUUUCCCUGAGAUCAGAAGUCAGUCACAGAGUGUGAGCCGCACAGUGACGUCUUCUCUUUAAAGCAAAUAGAAAAGCUUUCCCAUUGGGUGUUGUCUGCUAUGCUUGUGACCACAAUCAUUUGUGAUAUAGUUUUGCACAACAGUAAAAUAUCGAAUUCUACAUUGUACAGGAGUGUGCCACAACCACUAGAUGGCAGUGGAAGCAGGACAUUUAACCUAGAUGUUGUUACUCUUUAAAGCUAGAGUCUAAGUUUGAAAUGUUGGACUUCUGUUCACACUGUUUUGUAAGACCCUGUGUUCAUGGACAAAAAUAAAUAGAUAUUUAGACUGUGUAGCAGUGGUGUAGUCUACUUAGCACACGGACAAUUUUAGCAACAUAUGACUUAGACAUUACCCGCUGACAUCACACUGUUGGCCUUUCAUAUUUUAGCCAGAUUAUCCUCACAGGAUGUUUACUAAACUGUUUCUUUAAUCCCCUAGUUAUUCUGCCACAUCUGGCAUGUGAAAUCAAAGUGUAGGUGUUUUAUUUUUCAACUUUUUGCACAAUUAAUAGGAGUGUUAAAUAAAGUGCAUCAUUGGAAACAUACCUAUAUUUAAUAUUGUGAUUUUAAAACAAACAUUACAUUUCCCAGUUCAUUUUGUAGCAUGGAUACAGAGAACACGUAGAGCUUAUAGAUGCACAAACAGAUUACACCACUGCUUUGUGAAGUUUAGAUUUUAAAGCAUUGUAUUUGCACAUUAGUAUCUCCUAUGAAGUGGAGAUAAUACGACUGUCUUCAUGUACAUCCACCCUCCUACUGAAGCAGGUGGACAUGUGGUGGUGCUAAAUAUGGACAGGUUGCUUAUGAGAUUGAAAUGUUGUAGCACUGUUAAGGCACUGAUACAAGUGUUCAAGUCAUUUUUUUUCUCCGUGGCAUCUGUUGUGAGAUAAACUCUCCGUAGUUCUGUGAAGUCAUGACAUCUUUGUAUAUUUUGAUUGUUAGUGCACAAUCUGGUCUUUUUUCUCUUUUGUAAUUGUCAGUUUUUGUAACUUAAAUGUUUUAUCACUGUGCAAACGACAUUGAACAAACAAGACAAAAACUAUUCGUUAACAAAUUAUUACUGUUUCAUUGAAAAAUAAUUGGUGUCUCAUAUCAUACAAUGUGUGUCAUAAUGUACUUCAAGUUGUUUAAAUACUGGAGGGUGUGUUUUGGCAAGAAAUCCUUACUCUUUGGUUUGAAAUUUUGUUUCAGAGUUAGUCUCUUAUUUUUAAGAGAUCAUGUAAAGAAGUUCUUGUCUAAAGCAAUUCUUCAUAAUCUAGUAUUUUAAAGCAGGUUAUCGAGAUGUGCACCUCCAGUAAAUAUCUUAAAUUUAAAUGCCAUUUAGAUUUUAGUUAAAUUAACGAUUUAACUAAAACCAAGAAAAUAGAAAUUCUUCUGAGGGAGGCGAGACGUUAAAUGUAUGUUUUGUAAAGGAUACCAUAGAUGUGUGGCAUGGAAGAUUAAUCAGUUUAACUGUAUGGUCGCUAUCAGCCUUGGUUUGGCAUUAUGAGACAAGUAAGGCCCAGUGGGGUGACUUGGAGAAGGACGUUGUUAGAUUGUUUGAAGGGCAUGUAGGAGAUGGGAGAUGUAGGAAUGACAGAGUGAUGUUGUGUUAAAUAAGAAGAUUGUCGUGUUGCUGCUUUGAAUUCCAAGAAAAGAAAUGUAUUUUUACAUAGUUCCUCCUCUGUAGGAAUGAUUCUGCAGGACACAGUUAGCAACAAUGCUAAUACUCAGUGACAAUGCAGAAAGUAGUAUGUUAUCCAGAUAGAGAAGAAAAGGGUAAGGGGCAGGUUGUUUUGAAUGACAUCAUCUUUCCAAAACCUUAAUAAAGUGGUUUUACUUGGCUAACCUUAAUCUUACUGUAACUGCCUGGCACAGAUAUUGUAAGAUUAGCUAAAGAACAUACUUGAACUGAAUGUUCAGAACCAUUUGUACUCCAAAUAGGAGAUAUGAUUGCGUUCAAAAUUAGAAGGCAAUCACUUUAAAGCGUUUUGCAGAAAUGGUGUAGAUCACCGCUCUAUGUGGUGAACAGGUUGUUAUACAGGUAUGGUUAUGUGGGUGCAGGUGGUAUGUUUUCUCCAUAUGCUGGAGAUUUGUGAUGGAGGUUUUGUAAGUGUAAGAAUGGUUACUUUGGGAAUGGUUUAGAAAUGGGUGGAGUUAACAUGAACUCCCCUUUGCUGCAGACUUUGGCCUUUAGAACUUAGCCGACCUUUUACAAGAGAGCUACACGAUACAGUUAUGGUAAAGAAUAACACGGGCACUUUAAGAAGAAGGAGGUUAGGUAGAAACAGAUUUUUGCAAUGAAACUAUGCUCAGCUGCCAUUUAAUGGCUUGUCAACCCCCAUUAACUUUCUUCCAUUUCCAUAUCAUAACACGGUGGGAUCUAGCUGUAACGUUUGUCAAAUAGAACAGCCAUAAUAACCUGUUAGUUCUCCAUUUCACGUUGAGUUAGAUGAAACAUUAGUUAUCAUCUUUUAUAAUUGUUUGAAAUCCAGGGACUUGAUAUGUUCAGAAUGGUUUGUUUUUUAGCUGUGCAUAUAUGAUGAAAUACCUCUAACUGUCUCAUGCAUCUAAUUCAGCAUAGUAUCUGUAAAAAUGUUUCUGUAACUUUUAUUCUUUUAAAUGUGACUGUAUGGAUUGGUCUUUCUGAUUUCAAGCAUCUAAUUACCCUUAGUUAAUAGCCUGUUGCUGUGAGAAAAUAAUGUGAUUAUAAAUGUUUAUUUACUGUAAUGAUUAUGCAAGAAAUUUCAUUUUUUGUGUUUUAUCAGGUAUUAAAAUAGCUUGUAUUUCAAUUAGGAGUCGCAUCUGAAAAAAAAUUGUUUUCAAAACAUUUUGUUGGUGUAAAACUUGACUUUACCUACUUCAGGACAAUAUUGUUCGUGUAUGCACUUUCAAAUCCCCAAAUAAAGUUGAAAUGAUGGUUUAAA